GGGGCGGGAGUUCCUGCAAGCGCCAGCAAAUCUGCUCCAGCGCUCGGACGGAUGGAGGUUCUUCAGAGGGAAUCAGGCCAUUCAGAAUGAACACAAGCUGUGCGCGCCGGUUUAAAAGCUUAAAAGAACCACGGGAACCCUGGACGCCGUCUGAUAAGUCCGAUAAGCUGCGUGUCCACCUCAAAGUUGUGAUUGAAUCAUCCAGGCUUGCUCAGUUUCUCCCCUGAGGCUCAGCUGUGAUGGGUCUUGGCAGAGGAGCGCCGGCUGUCCGCACUCACUGAAAGUUCUUUGAUUUCUGUUCCCGUUGCAGAAGCUCAGCUCGCUGGACAGAAGAGAAGUUUUGCGCCAGGCUGGGCAGCUGAUUGUGUUUUGGCAGCUUUCCUGGAUUCUUUUUUCCCCUUUUUUCUCAACUGUUUCAUCAACUCAUAACUCAAAGCAAUGGGGGCCACAGGUUAUGGAUACUACCGCACUGUGAUUUUAAUCUCAAUGUUUUUGGGAUACCUGCUGUAUUACUUCAACAGGAAGACGUUCUCCUUUCUGAUGCCGUCAGUCAUGGAGGAGAUCGAGCUGGAUAAAGAGGAGCUUGGCCUGAUCACCAGCAGUCAGACGCUGGCUUAUGCCAUCAGUAAGUUCGCCAGCGGAGUGCUGUCUGACCAGCUCAGCGCCCGCUGGCUCUUCUCCGUUGGCCUCUUCAUCAUCGGAGGCAUAAACAUAAUCUUCUCCUGGUCGUCCUCGGUGAUGGUCUUCACCGGACUCUGGUUCCUGAACGGUCUCGGUCAGGGGUUUGGCUGGCCGCCGUGCGCCAAGGUGCUACGGAAGUGGUUUGAGCCGUCCCAGUUCGGAACCUGGUGGGCUGUUCUAUCCUGCAGUAUGAACCUGGCGGGCAGUCUGGGUCCCAUUGUUACCACCGUACUGGCCGAGUACUACAGCUGGAGGACCAUCAUCUCCGUGUCCGGUGGGGUCUGUAUGGGCUUCGCUUUUGUCUGCGUGCUGCUGGUCAAGAACGAGCCCAGCGAUGUCGGCCUGCCCAGCAUACAGCCUGCAAGCAGGAAGGGCAAAGGCAACAAAAACACCCCGAAUGAUGAGAGCACUCUUAAAGAGUUCCUGCUGUCUCCGUACCUGUGGGUGCUGUCCAUGGGUUAUCUGGUGGUGUUUGGGGUGAAGAUAGCCUGCACUGACUGGGGUCAGCUGUUCCUCAUGCAAGAGAAAGGCCAGUCUGCUAUGAUGGGCAGUUCGUACAUGAGUGCCCUGGAGGUUGGUGGUUUUGCUGGCAGCAUUGCAGCAGGCCUUCUCUCGGACAGAGCAGUUGCACGACACGGGCUGGGUACCCACGGAAACCCCCGGCACGGCCUCCUCUUAACCAUGAUGGCAGGCAUGACUGUGUCUAUGUACCUCUUCCGGGUCACCAUCACAGCAGAGAUCCCAAAGGACGAGCCUCUCUGGGUCACUGCUCUCCAUCCAGUCUCUGUCCUGACCGGUCUGUCUGAGAAAGAGAUCUGGAUCUUAACUCUAGGUGCUGCGUUUGGGUUCUCGUCGUAUGGCCCGAUCGCGUUGUUUGGGGUUAUCGCUAACGAGAGCGCUCCCUCGAACUACUGUGGGAUGUCACAUGCCAUCGUAGCCCUCAUGGCAAACGUUGGCGCGUUCCUCGCUGGCCUGCCGUUCAGCGCCGUCGCUAAGCGCUACAGUUGGGACACGGCCUUCUGGGUGGCCGAGGUGAUCUGCGCGCUGACCACGGUUUGCUUCUUCCUGCUUCGCAACAUGCGGACGAAAAUGGGACGAGUGCACAAAAAGACAGACUGAUCUCUUCGCGCUGGAGGAUCUCGUGGACCCUGACAAUGUGACGCAGCUCAGCCGUGAUGGUGGCUUUUAACAUAAACACUGUCCAGAAAAACUGUACACUUCACAUUUACAUCAUCAGUUACAUUAACACUGCUUCAUAGGAUCACUGUUACUUACUGAAACACACUGCGAGCACUUUCAGCAUGCCUUUCAUUAACAAAACAAAGAAGUCAUUUAUUCAAUUAUUCAGUCAGUUAUUAACAAUUUAAAUGUGAGGGAAUGAUUUGGCAGAAAAUCUAAUUUGCACAAUUCGUCACUUUUCCCAAUUGUACUCGAUCAGCCACGACGUUUGGUGUCCAAACUCUUCUUUAGAUUAGGGCUGGAGCUACAAGUCUAAUGUUACUAACAAACAC